CACAUGUGUAGUUGAGACCAUAGAGACUCCAGAGCUACUAUGAGACCCUUGUAUUUGUCCAGUCUCAUACUCUUUUCUGUUAUUGGUUACUUGAGGUGGAGAUGAGUACUCACUAUCCAUUUUUUGCUAUGUUUGUUUCCGGAGAGGAGGUCAGGAGGGAUAGAAACAGUUUGGAGCAGGUAUUUAUCUUUCCUUCCAGCAAUGAGCUCUCCAGCAUGGGGCGAUGGAGCAGACCAGUCUGCCGGAUCUGGACAGUAUCUGUGAAAAGAUUUGACCCUGGCUCACUGUAUUUCAGUCAUACGUCUCUGUAUGCCUGAGAUUUGCACCCAUCUACUUAUAAGGUGAUUUUCAGCAGUCAGACAAACCAGUGUGUUAGGACGCGCCCCACUCAUCAUCACUGGGUAGCCCAUGCACAUGCACGACACCAUGGGUAGCUCCCCCGAGGUUCUCUCGUGGACGUCCUGCCCCAGUCUGCUGGUGGGCAAGCUGAAGGAGGAGCUCAAACUCACUGUGGUUGGCGACUCCAUGAAGAAAUCAAACUCGCCCAACUCCCAACCUCAGCCUCCUCAGGCCCCUCCAUCCAAUUUACCUCCUCAGAUUAUCACCGACCUGGCCCCGCCGACACACCUGCCCGUUCCCCUGCAGACGCUGCAGCCGCCCAGCCAGGACGAGGACUCGGUGCUGGGGGGUAUAACUCCCCCAAACACAGCCUUGAGUGUGGACUCGACACGGAGCGAGGGUGGGCACUUUGACAACAGCGUGCUCCAGCUGCAGGAGCAGGACCACGAGGAAGCCGGAUCGCCGGCCUCCUGUGAACAUGGCGGGUGUGGCAGUGGGAUGGAGGAGCAGAUAGGAGAAGGGGACUGUCCCAUGGACCACAGUGGAGAGGGGAGGCAGAGCCACCCCCACCACCCUGAUGACAUCAAGCUGCACUUCCACAGAGCGGGGCCCGGGUCGGGUGGCUUCUUAGAGGGGCUGUUUGGCUGUCUUCGGCCUGUGUGGAACAUUAUAGGGAAGACCUACUCGACAGAAUACAAGCUACAACAGCAAGACAUGUGGGAGGUUCCAUUUGAGGAGAUUUCAGAGUUGCAGUGGCUGGGCAGCGGUGCACAAGGAGCCGUCUUCUUGGGCAAGUUCCGCUCUGAGGAGGUGGCCAUCAAGAAGGUGCGCGAGCAGAAGGAGACGGACAUUAAACACCUGCGGAAACUCAAGCAUCCAAAUAUCAUCAGCUUCAAGGGUGUGUGCACCCAGGCACCUUGUUACUGCAUCAUCAUGGAGUACUGUGCCCAGGGCCAGCUGUAUGAGGUGUUGAGGGCGGGGAGGAAAGUGACCCCCAGGAUGCUGGUGGACUGGGCCUCAGGCAUCGCCAGCGGCAUGAACUACCUACACCUGCACAAGAUCAUCCACAGAGAUCUCAAGUCUCCCAAUGUUUUGGUGACCCACAAUGACACUGUGAAAAUCUCAGACUUUGGAACAUCCAAAGAGCUCAGUGACAAAAGCACAAAGAUGUCAUUUGCGGGUACGGUGGCCUGGAUGGCCCCAGAAGUGAUAAGAAAUGAGCCUGUGUCUGAAAAAGUAGACAUCUGGUCAUUUGGAGUUGUGUUGUGGGAACUUCUGACUGGAGAGAUUCCCUACAAAGACGUAGACUCCUCGGCCAUCAUUUGGGGUGUUGGCAGCAACAGUCUUCACCUUCCUGUCCCCUCCACCUGCCCGGAUGGCUUCAAAAUCCUCAUGAAACAAACAUGGCAAGGCAAGCCCAGGAAUAGGCCUUCGUUUCGUCAGAUCCUACUACACCUCGACAUUGCCUCUGCUGAUGUCCUAGGAGCUCCUCAGGAGACCUACUUCAAGUCUCAGUCAGAAUGGAGGGAGGAAGUGAAGAAACAUUUUGAGAAGAUCAAAAGUGAAGGCACCUGUAUCCACAGGCUGGAUGAGGAGCUGAUCCGGCGCAGGCGGGAUGAACUCAGGCACGCUUUGGACAUUCGAGAGCACUAUGAGAGGAAACUGGAGAGAGCCAACAAUCUCUACAUGGAACUCAGUGCCAUCAUGUUGCAGCUGGAGGUCCGAGAGAAGGAACUAAUGAAGAGAGAGCAGGCUGUGGAGAAGAAAUAUCCUGGGACCUACAAGCGCCACCUGGUCAGACCCAUUGUCAGGUCUAACGCUGUAGAGAAACUCAUCAAGAAGAAAGGAAGCAUUUCCCACAAACCUGGGAUGCCUCCUACUAAAAGGCCAGACUUGCUUCGUUCUGAUGGCAUCCCCAGCAUCGACCCUCUCCCCUCGCCCUCUCCACUAUCAGCCAGCCCAAAGGUCUCCACGCCUCCUGGCAAAGCCCGGUACCGAAGCAAGCCUCGUCACCGCCGCGCCAACAGUAAAGGAAGCCACAGCGAGUUCCCCGGGCUGCUGAAGCCUCUUGCUGGGGCAUUAGAAGAUACCCAGUCUCUUCACGAGCAGCAGUUCCUUCAUCACCACCACCACCUACCAACUGAGGGGCCCUUCCUCCCCUUGAAGGGCCGUGAAGAGGCCGUCGUCAACUGUGCCAACAACCUACGCUACUUCGGCCCUGCCGCUGCCCUCCGUAGCCCUCAGACAGACCACCUGCAGCGCCGCGUUUCUGGCUCCAGCCCUGACCUCAUAUCUACUGCCGUGGAUGCAGACGCACGACAGCGGACUUCAUCCACCAGCUCCAAUCCUGUCCCGGGUGCUGGUGCUGGGUCUUUGUGUCCCUGCUGCCAGGCUCACCCCUUCCCCGGCUGCCUACAUUGUCAGGAGACCCCUCCUGCAUCGAGCCACCCAGAGUUGCCCCACUACUCACUGCUCAACACCCAGGAAGGCACCCCAUCUUCUUUAGGGGCUCCCAGCAAAGAUCCAGCCUUGGAUGGAGAGUCCACAAAGAAGGCUGAGCCACAGGAACAAGAGGCAUCCAAACCCACUCACACCCUGCCCACUGCACUGCCCCGCACUCUCAGACCUCUCAGGAAGGGUGGUGAUGAGUCAUCUGAAGAGGAAGAGGGGGAGGUUGAUAGUGAAGUGGAGUUUCCAAGGAGACAGAGACCUCAUCGCUGUAUGAGCAGCUUCCAGUCCUACUCCACCUUCAGCUCAGAAAACUUGUCUGUGUCUGAUGGAGAGGAGGGAAACACCAGCGACCACUCCCACAGCGGGCCCCUGGAGAGGCUGAGCGCCAGUCAGGAGGAACACCUGGAUGAGCUGCUGUCGCACACACCAGACAUCCCCAUCGACAUCUCCACCCAGUCAGACGGCCUCUCUGACAAGGAGUGCGCUGUCCGCAGGGUGAAGACCCAGAUCUCACUGGGAAAACUGUGCUCCGACGAACACAGCUACGAGAAUCCGCUACAGUUUGGGGACUCCGACUGUGAUACGUCAGAAGCAGAGUGCUCUGAUGCCACCAUUAGAAACAAAAAAGUCGGGGCUCCUUCCUCAUGGUGAAGCCCGCCCCAGCGCUCAGUUCUGUUUUUGCCUGGAGGCCGUGUCCCACUCUGCCCUGCAGAAAACAUAGCAAUAAGAGGACAACAUUGUAAACAAAGCUCCCUAUAGCAAAGCCCCAUGCAAUCUCUCCCAGAACCCACUCCACCUCUAACCUUCCCUUCAUAAAACCCAGUCUCCCUCAUCUCUAGCACAGCAUCCAGGCAACCAUGGCAGGGAUUCCCUUUUGAAUGAUAAUGUACAGUAGAUAGUGUAACAUUUAUAAUUUAUUUUUGUCUGAGUUUUGAAGGAUAAUUCAGGACAUCUGUAUGUUCUCUGAUCUGAACAGAGAAAAAAACCCUGACAUUUUGAAACUGAGCAUGGGCUAACUGUGUGUUGGGGAGAGACUGAGACUGGACGAAGAUGCAUAUGAUGAUUAUGAUGAGAAAGAAGAUGUGUUGAAGUGCGGAUGUAUCAGAGGCUGAGGACUAGCAGUGUGGAGUUACAUCACUGCGAUUGUUGGUCUCUCAGGUGACUGACAGACAGGAGUGUCAACCAACAAGGACUCCCUCUUACUAAUAAGACCAACCUGCUUUAUCAUGAGUUUACAGUGCAGAUCCCCAGUACCCCUACUUCCGUCCCAUCCCAACCAAUGGUGAGUGGGGAACAGGGAGCUCAUGAAAACAGUGUGAACACCAGCAUGAACAACCGGACUCCCUCCCUCCCUAGAACCACCACACAUGUGUCCAGUCAUCAGGAUCCCCGCUGAACUGUCCUAGCAUGCCUGUGCAGCUCGCAAAAUGCAAUAGCUGCCAGAAGACUGCAUGAAGUGGACAAGCUAGCAGAGCAACAGAGAUGAAGAUGCUAAGGAAAAGAUAAAACAAACAAAAAAAGAGACUCUUCCUCUGUGACCCAGCUCAUCCUUCUCGAAGACACGUCAACGUCAUUGUCAUCAUCAAUCAGAUGUCAUGACCAGAGUUGUUGAGGGAGUUAUCUCUGUGUGUGUGUGUGUGUAUGAGAACACAAAGCCCUUCCCUUUCCAUUAGACAUUACAGUUUCAAGUCUCAUCUCAGGAUUGUUCGAGGAGAAACUGGACUGGACCAAUUAUUGUAUGUCGGAAUAUUCUUUGAGUGGCACAUAUAAUGGACCAUGCAGGAUUAUUAUAAAAAAUGUCUUACAGAUAGCCGUGAUGUUCAACCCUUUAUUGCUGUAACAGACUUUAAUGUUAUGUAGACAUGUAAGAGCGUUUUAGUUGCAAUCCAGGUGCAGUAUCCCAUUUCUUGAAAUCACUAGGUGCAGCGUCUCCCAUGUACCAUUUUCUAGCAGGGUAAAUUUAUACUGUCUAAUAAGAAAUGUCCAAACAUGCUAAUUGUUUUUCUGUGCUGUGGUGAAUAAAUAAACAGCAAUAACGUAAGGUUGGCGCUCAGGUGAGAAAGAAGUUGCUUGCUCAGGAUCCGAGGCGUCUAGCUGGCUAGACACAAUACAGUGACUGUUGACUAGAGGAGAGCAGCAAGUGUCAAACAGCUUAUUAUAGAUGCUAUAUUUUUAAAUUGUCCCAUUUUUAUGAACUCGUCUUUCCGGGGGUUUGAUGCUCAGGUUUUAUGUUACCUAUUGACUGCAGGAGCAGUAUAUCAACAGCCACAAGAUGGCGACAGUUACAAUGACUUACUUUUCCUUGUGUUAUGUAAAUGUCCUGGCACCAUUCCUUUUUUUCUACCCGAAGUAAUUUUUUUUAUGUUUCCCAUGACCAUCCAAAUCCUAGAAUCCCAGCAAUAUACCUUUUUUUUGUUUGUCUUGUUGUCUUUGAAAAGGGAUACUGCAUCUGUGAGAGCUUAGUUUUUAUCCCUGUUAAGAGUGUUUGUCAUCCACCUUAAUGACUUUUUGGUUGAAAAAAUAGCCAGCCAGGGUUGAAUUUAACGAUAAUGAUGUCAAGAUGUCAGCUCAAGUGUACACAGGCGGCUGAGAUUCUAAAUUAGGAAUAUAAGCCAGAGACAAGGCCACAGAGCAAUUAAGCUGCUCUUGGUUUUCAACAACCUCAUCUCAGUGUUAGUUACUCCUGUAUAUAAACAUCUGUAAAUGUAACGUAACCUGUUUUUGUCCUCUCUCUUUAACGUAUAUUGCACAGCUCUGACAGAGCCUCGAGCUUCUGUCGCUGACGACCAGCCGACUUGUUGAAAAUAAGCAGGAAAUUCUUUAAUCUGUAUUACAUCAGUAUUGAACACUGCAGGAGGAUGUGUCAUAAGAACUGUGUAGCACAAGGUGAAUCUAAAACUGUACUGAUGGAUAAAUUACCCAUUUGCUUGAAAGCUUUGGAAAGGCUUACACCUGGUACUGGAAGCAGCUGCUGCCUUUCCUCGAGCCUCCUUCAACCUUCUUCACUCUGUUUACGUACGUGUGAAAUAACCUAGUGUUUUGUAAUGACUGGGUAAUCCGAUCAAGCUGUUAAUAACAUUAUCUUUCUGGCAUAUAUCCUGUGAAGUAUGAUUGUUGUAAAGUUUUAAUUUAAUUUUGAUUCUUUUUUCUUUCUUUCUUUGUAGCUGGCCUACAUGAUUAUUGAAUUAAUGUAUUAUGAAUGACUGGUAAGGUGUUGUGUUCUUUAUAAUUUCAGGCAGCUUUAGAAAUGUCAUAACCUAUGAUUUCUCCUGAAAAGUGUUAUUUAAAGGAAGCACAAUGAAUUGGUAUGGGAAGAGGACAGUAUUUGUAUGGUGGAACAAAAGCAGGCAUCUACUAUCAUUUUUGUCUUUGUGACCCUGCAGGGGACCAUUCAUCAUUUAUCACUGCAGAUGAAGUAUUGAUUUUAACAGUCUUUACAUCAGUAAUUAGCAACAUCAAGUGUUGCUAAAGCUUUUUGAUCUCGACAUGGCUAUAAGGAAUCACUUCUAGUACAACCAAAAGCCAGUCGGUGGACUGUCACAGCAGGGUAAAUGAGACUUUAUGUACUGAAGGCAUGUGUGAUGCCGAUUUAUGUACUUCUGCAAGGAUCCCUUCCUCUCAUUUUUAAUCAAAAUACCAGUUACUUACAUUUGAAUUUCUGUGAAAUUGUCUCUAACUGUGGAGAUCAUGUUGCCUCGUCCCAUGUAUCAAACAUCUGUUUCUUUGUUGCUCUCAUUUCCAACCUCCCUUUCCUGUUGAAUGGCAUUACGAUCAACCAAUCCCGUCAGUUUCUUGUAUUAUCCAGUGCAUACUGUGCAAUGGGCAUCUGGGAGAAUAAAAUCAGAGCAAACAACUGCAUGGAAUAAAUGCUGAUGUACUGUACCCAA